AUGGAUCAAGCAUUGAGUGCGCAAGUGACGCGUCUCGUACAGCUCAUAGACUCAGCUAUAGAGAAGAAACCGGAAGGGUAUGAUGAAUUCGAUGGAGACGUAUUCGCAGAGUACAAGAGUGCAACAGUUGACCUGCUAGCACUCGACAACUCUCAAUUCAAGUUUAAUACCUCAGAAGAGCUCGAAGAUGAAGAGGUCAAGAAGUUCAACGAGGUUGUUUCUGCCAAGAUAAAGGAGUCCGUUUUAAAUACAAGCUUUCAAAAGGUGUUAUUGGCUCUUCUUGAUCAAUACGUUGAUAAUAGGGAUACCCCAUUGGUGAAUACAAUUGCAUUCGUAUUAGACUACUUGUUGUGGCUCGCCAUUGAGGUGGAUAAGACAGCAAAGACUACAUUCUACUAUUGUUUGGAAGUGGCUCUGAACCAUUUAUUUUCAAUAUCCACGUCCCUCGUUGAAUCUCUCUGGUUGCUAGUGGAAGCAAGAUUACCGAUAAUCCAAGCUCGAUUAUUUGAAAACAGUUUCAGUGAACGAAUCGCAAUUCUUCUGCUUGGAAAUUCGUUAACUAACAAAUACGACACUCUGACCACAGGAUGGCAAGCCGAUACGACAUUGAAGGAUACUUUUAAUGAUAGAUUCCAGUCUCGAGUACGAAUUUUUAUGAAUGCUUUAUUAGCGAUUGAUGAUAAUACGGGUCUCAACAAGUACUUUCAUAUACACAACGCGACGCCUCCUAGUAUUGAAACCAAAGAUGUGUUUAUCAGUGAUGUUUUGAGUAUUCAAAAAAUGUUCAACAAUCCAUUGUUUUACCUCAAGAAGAGCAGUGUGUUGGAACAUAGUAAAUUGACGGAAAAAUUGUACAGAGUUUACGGCCAGCUAGUAGAGGAAGAGCUGCGUUUUAGGGAAAAGAAUCCCCUCCCUGAUCAGUUCUCCUUUACUGGGUCAAAGUCAGAAUCAGAACGUGAGUACUUGCGACUGAAGUAUCUCCGCCGCGUCUUCGUUCCAGAAUCUUACCUUGAAUCUAACUUUGAAAAGGGGCCAAAGUCUGAUGAAACCCAAAAUGCAGAUUACAAAUUUAUUUAUCAUCAAUUGGAACUCUCGAAAGUGAGAGUGCAGUAUCUUUUGAUGAUUUAUAUCUUGGCGGUGUUGUACACUGCGUUGACUCCGACAAACAAAAGUGAAUUCAUGAAAAGCAUUGGCGCUCCGGUGACCACAAAACAUAUCACAGAGGACCUUCCAGUCAUUAGCACUGUCAAGAUUUACCAGGAAAUCAAAAAGGACUUACCCUCACUAUUGAAGAAGAUUGACCCUUCUUUGCCAUUUUUGUUUUUGCAUCUAAGUAUUGAUGAAAAAGUAUGGUGGAAAUGGUUACUUCAUGGAAAAGACGACAAAAAUCAAGGCUUUUUCACCGACAAACUUUUGCAGCCUCAAGAACUAGACACACGAGAAGACGAAUUCAAAAAGUUGUACCCCUACAAAAAUAAGAGAAGCUUCAACACCUAUGUUACUCCACAAGUGUCUAAAAAAAUGCGGACCGAGAGGGGAUUGACCAAAUUAGAGCAAACAGCCAAAUAUGACGCCGAAAAAGCGGCAUUAGAACUUGAAGAGAUAGAAACGGAGUUGGAGAAGGAAGAGAAUGAAGACUUGAAGAACAAGAGGUCCGCAUACGCUUGGAAACUACUUAGGUGGAAGAGAAAAGCAGAAACUUGA